UUUAGUUCCUCCUUCCUUUCCGUUUCCAUUUAGCCAUUUUGUUUGUGGAAUAAAAUAAAGUUCAUUCUUCGAGAAAUCUCUCCGCUUGCCAGCCGUUUACUCGGAUCGAUCGAACGUCUUUGCUGGCACAAGCUUGGAAAUUCUGCCAACUCACUGAUUUAAAAAGUGUUAUAUUAGUCUUUCAAAUUAACUUAAUCCCUUUACAUAAAGAGGAUGGUAUUGAAAUAUUACAUCAAAACAAAAUAAUGUAGGAUUCUAAAUGAUAUAAUUAAGUAUCAAAUACAUAGUAAUACUAUUCAAUAAUUUAUUAUUGAUCACACUGGUGAUUUACAGACUAUCAUAUGAUAUAUGUUCAAUAAAUAGUGUAAUUUCAUAUAAACGAACAAUAACUAGUAAAUAAGUGUUUCUACGUGCAAGAAAAUUGUUAGAUUGUUGCAAUGAUAAGACGCCAUGUUGUAUGUGGAGCCUAAGGCGUGGCAUUCCUACACCAUUGUGCAAUCGUCUGUCGUGUUAUUUGUCGAAGUAAUUUAAAGUAUAAUAAUGCCACGUAUUGACCCUGUUCAAUUAUUAAAUUGUUUGGGCGUACUCCUGUCGCCUAGCGGUGGGAUCAAGUCCAGGGAUGAGGUCCAGAGGCUCGCUAGCCUAAUGACAAAAUUUUCGAAGAAAUUGGUAUCUAAAUGUAUUUAUAUACAAAUAUUGAAGUGUACAGAAACUGAAUUACUCGGUUUAUUCAUGGGAUCUGGGGGCUGGGUUUUAGUACACAUGUGGCUUACAGAAAGUAUAGUAGCCAAAAAUUGGCCCCUUGUAAAAGAGUUGCUGGAGUUGUUAUUAUUAUGCCCUGUUGACAUCGAUCGUUUGAAGACCAAUAACUGCCCGAAACUUGUGAAGGAGCUGUCUAAAGACGACAAUCAUUUUGCUAUCAGAGCCUUAGCAUCAAAAUUGGUAGAACAGUGGUUAAAAACCGUAAAGGGUGAACAAGUCGUUCCAGUAAAACUUUCGGAAAUAUCUAAAAUAAUAUCAGAAGCGCAAAAUGACGUCGAUGGCUUAACUAAUUCAGAAGCAAGUUUAGAAUACAAAAAUAAUGACACUUAUAAUGACAUUAAAGCUAUAAAAGAAGAAAUCAAAUCAGAUAAAACGUAUAGUGAUGUUGAUACAGAUAAAAAUCUAAACCACUCUAUUAAAAAUGAAGUAGACGACGAGCCUGAAACAUUACCAGUAUUAAAAAUUAGUUUAAAAGAUGGAAAGCAAGUCAUAUCGCAAGUUGAUGACGACAAUGAAAGUAAAAUUUCGUCCGAUACUGAAAAGUCAAAAGAUAAAAAAAGAAAUAAGGAUAGAUCUGAUGAUAAAAGUAGUAGUACAGUUUCUAAAUCGAGCAGCUCUUCUAAACAUUCAAGUAGGUCACAUUCGAGUGAUAAACAUAAAAGCCAUAAAUCUAGUUCUAGCCGACAUAAUAGUAGUAGUAGUAGUAAUAAUAAAGAUAGAUCAAGGGAUAAAGAAAGACAUUCGUCUCAUAACAGUUCUAGAUCAAAAAGCGACAGUAGUAAAAAAUCUAGCGAUAAGUCAUCGUCUUCCAGUAGCAAAUCUAAAGAUGAACGUAGUUCCCGAUCGUCUACCGACAAGAGUAAAGAAAAAGGAAAAGACGAUAAAAGUGAGAAAAAUAAGGACAACUCCCUUAAUAAGUCAUCUGAUAAGCAAGAUGAUAAAACACCCUCUGUUCACAAAUUAGGUAAAAUACCUAAAUUAAGUGAUGCUAAAAAAGAAAAGCCUUCCAUAUCCAUAGAAGUGAGAAAACCAGAUGAACCUAAGCCGAAAACUGUGAAAACAUUUAAUUCCAAGUUUAGGAAACAUGGAUUAGAAGAGGAGGUCAAGCCGCCACCAUCACGCGCAGCAGUAUUAACAAAGAAGUCCACGCCCGUUUUGCCGCCUACCGUAUCAAUACCAAAGAGACCAUCUCCAGUUCACAAUGAGUCACCUCCAGAAAAGAAACCAAAAACUAUAGAACCUAUUGAAAAACCAGGCUCUAUCAAACUAAUUCCUCCUAAGCCUAAACGUAAGUAUUUUACUAUAUUCGAUAUGCUUCAUAUAUUUUUAAUGAUUUGUUUUUUUCCAGAUUUACAUUGGUGGUGGCAAGCCCAAGCCCUUCCAAUAGUGUCAUCAAGUGUUUUCAAAUGUUUAGGUCGCAUAAUUUUCAGUGCUGUUAUGUUGUUGGAAAGUGAUAUGUUUAUGGAUGCAUUAAAUGCAUCAGCGACAAAUAAAAGAGAUCCAAAGAAGAGGAAACGGCGGACAAGCGGAUCCAAAGAUGGUACUUCUGGUCCCGAUGGUUCGCCUCCGCAAACACCAACUAGUGUAAGCAGUCCGACUAGUGAAAGUAAGUCCGUGCCACCAAGAUUCUACCAAGACACUCUUGAGACGGAGGAAAAUAAAGAAAAGGCAGACAAAACAGAUAUUGAAAACGCCGAAGAAAAUGUCGAUAAAAAGGAGAAUGAGGAGGACAUGGACACAUCAGAACCUCAUACUUUAACGAUCAAUGGUCUAAAGGGAGUCCUCUGCUAUCACAAAAGGAAGGGCCCCAAGAAAAGUAUAAAAUGGAAACCAGAUUCGGAACUCGAAGAAAUUCAAUACUUCGAACUUGACGAAACUGAACGAGUCAAUGUUACGAAGACAUUCACUGACAUGAAAUAUUUGGAAAGAAUUCAUGAACGAGACGCAUUUCAGAAAGGAAGAAAUCUCAGUAAUGAUGACGUCAUGGAAGAAAAAACUACUUGGAAGCCCCCACGACCAAUUCAAGUUGAAGGACAAGUACAAGUUGAACAUGGCAAGAACAGUAAAGAAAAAGAAAUCCAAGCAAUGCGACAAAAGGGAACAUUGCAACCUCUUUAUUUCUCUAAAUCCAUGAUACCUGAUUCUGCGCUGGAACCAGAUCCGGAAACACAUCCCUACACGGAACCUACAAUUAUACCACUAGACGAUGUAACAGGCAAUCAAGACAAUAUAAGCGAUUUUAGAAAUAUGCCUUGGCCAGAACCUAAAGGAAAUGCACCCCCGGCAUCAGCUAACAUGAAUGUUCCUAAUAUGUUCCCACCAAACAUGAAUCAAUUUCCUAAUGGUUUUCCAAAUCCACAAUUUCCGGGUGUGCCAGGCUUUCAAGGAGGUAAUAUAGUUCCUACUGAAUGGCCAGCUGGAGUCCCACCCCAUAUAAUGGCUAAUGGUAUGCCGGGACCCAUACCUCCUGGCGCUAUUCCACCCGGUAACAUGCCCCCGGGUAUGAUGAUGCCUCCCGAAAAUAUGAUGAUGGGUCCAGACAUGUUUGGAGGACCAAAUCCAAUGUUUCCAGGCCCCCCAGAGGGAUUUAAUAUGCAGCAAAAUAUGUUUCCGAUGGAUUUCAAUAUGUCGGGUCCACAAGGGCCUCCACCUUCCGGACCAGACGGAUUUCCUGGUAUGGCAAAUUUCCGAGGUGCCAUGCGAGGGCGUGGCGCUGGCGGCCAUUGGCGAGGUAAUAAAAACCCUGGAAAUUGGGAGGGUCCUCAGCGCGGUAGAGGUGGUGCACGUGGUGGCCGUAAAGCGGUUUGCAUAUAUUUUCAACGAAAAGGGUCUUGUCGACAAGGUGAUAAUUGUACAUUUUUACAUCCCGGUGUAAAUUGCCCGUUUUAAGAGGUAAACAUUGUAUUGUGAAAAAAUACAUAAUUAAGUCAUUUAUUAUAGGUUCCCUUGGGCUGUGUUUAUGCGAUUGUGGCAAGUUACACAAGCUUGUAAACACAGGCUAUUAAUAUUUAGAGUUAGACACUCAAAAAGACUGCUUAAUGUAAAUAAGUUUAAGGAAUAUGGUUUAAAACAUGUAAAUAUGUAAAAAAAUAUGUUUAAGCGUUUAUACAAAAUAUAAAUUUAUUAAUUAA